CAAAAGUAGUUCCAUAAUGUCUGUCUCUCUCUUGCUGCUUUCUCUCAUUCUCUUGUCCUUUUAUUCCCAUUUCUCCAUUUGCAGAGCUCUUGAAGUUGAUGAUGAAAGUCCAUUUACUUAUGUGGAGGGAAGUGGUAAAGGACCAAAAGAAUGGGGUGAAGUUGAUCCACAUUGGCAACUUUGUGACAAGGGAAAACUUCAGUCUCCUAUUGACCUUCUUGACCAAAGAGUGCAAGUUUUCCCCAGUCUUGGGAAAUUGAAAAGGGAUUACAAACCAGCUCCUGCUACUAUCAAGAACAGGGGACAUGAUAUUACGGUGAAGUGGAAAGGAGAUGCAGGAAAAAUCAACAUUAAUGGGACUGAUUAUGCUCUUCUACAAUGUCAUUGGCAUUCACCCUCUGAGCACACUUUCAAUGGAACAAGGUUUGAAUUGGAGCUUCACGUUAUUCACAAGAGCUCUAGUGGAGAGAUAGCUGUUAUUGCGAUUGUCUAUGAAUACGGCCAUCCUGACCCAUUUCUUACAAGGCUGUUUGAGCACAUAAAAUCCAUUAGCCAUGAAGAGAGAGAAUUGGGGAUAGUCAAUCCAGGAGAUAUUAAGUUUGGAAGCAGAAAGUACUACAGAUACAUUGGUUCACUUACAGUUCCUCCAUGCACAGAAGGUGUCAUUUGGACAAUUGUCAAAAAGGUGCAUUUUAGUCAUAUACUAGUCUUGUACAGGUCCGUACAGCUUCAAGAGAGCAAGUCCAUGCAUUAAGGCAAGCUGUCCAUGAUGGAUUUGAGACAAAUGCGAGGCCAACACAACAAUUGGAUGGAAGAGCAGUAUGGUUGUACACUCCGAGAG